AUGCGUAAUGUCAACGAGUUCUUCCGCGAAUCGAACUACAAUAAUCUCCGCAUUCUGUUAACUAUCUGCGGUGUGUGGCCCUUUCAAGCGUUCGCUAAACGUUGCGCGAUGUACGUCGCAUUUACGGUUCUAUUUGUAUCCGUGAUGAUAUUCGAGCUGGUGUGUUUGUUCAAAGUCUGGCCAGAUUUUUUCGAAGUGUUCGACUGUCUGUCGAUGCUAUUUUUUUCCAUAACGUCAACCUUUAAAUUGAUCUACACAGUGUAUAAAUUACCUAAGAUGAAGACACUUCUGCUGAAAAUACAAGAGCAUUGGUGUUCUCUGAAGACGGACCAGGAAAUUAAAAUCUUGCGUUCGUAUUUACUGUUCGCGCGAAACUUAAGCUACAUUUAUGCAGGUACUAUUGUUGGCCACGCCGUGAUUUUUGCACUCACACCUUUGAUAACCAGACUUUUCUACGAGAAAUCCGUUGGGACAAUCGACGCGUCAAACCAGACGCAGGAAACACAGCCUACCUAUCGCAUCAAUUACGUGCUUGAUUUACAAAUGCGCUAUAUCCCACUUCUCAUACAAUGCUCUAUAUGCGAGGUAUAUUACACGAUAUUACUGACCGCGUUCAACGUCUUUUAUUUGGCAUGCGUCCAGCAUUGCUGUGGCUUGUUUGCAGCUCUGAGAUAUCGUUUGGAAAGAGCCUUUGAAUCUGAAGACAAUGGUGACGAUUUAGUAACGACGUUCACGCAGAAUAAAUCUUAUUCAAAUAUUGUGUACAGUGUUCGAAAACACGCAGAGGCAAUACAAUUCGCUAUUGCCAUAGAAUCACUCUACAGAUUACCAUUCUUCAUACACAUGAUAGUUAACGGAUCACUGUUAAGUAUCGUAGGAUUUCAGCUAAUGACAAAUAAGGAAAACAUCAGUCGCCUUUUGCCGUACGCUAGUUAUCUCAACGCGCUUAUGCUUAAUACAUUCUUUGAAAAUUGGCAAGGUCAGAAGAUCAUAGAUUGCAACGAAAAAGUGCAUGAAUCCGCAUACAAAUUGCAAUGGUACAGAAUGCCUGUAGUAUCGCAAAAGCUUCUGAUAAUGAUCAUGAUGAGAAGCAAAAAACCACUGACAAUAACUGCAGGAAAAUUCAUUGUGUUGUCCUAUGUAACUUUUAACGCGAUAAUGCGUACAGCUUUCUCAUAUUUUACGCUUCUACGGUCUGUGCAGUAAAAACGUGAUCGUGAUAGACAAUUUAGGAGACAUAUUAUAUAUAGCAGUCAACAUGAUUUAAUAAAACAAAAAUUCGUUCACUAGAAGAUACGUAUCUUAUUAUAAACUUUCAAUGUAUCUUCCAUACAAAUAUUUUAUGUAGUUAAAUAAAACUAGAGAAAGAAUCGCAAUCGUACUUAUAUUCGCCUUCUCUUUCCUAAAUACUAGUAUUAAUCGCGCCAAGAAUACUUAAAUACUUCGAUUCUAUC